CCUCUUUCUAACAAUUCUCUUAUUGCCUCCAUUUUCACUCCUUGUGUGACCGAGGCUUCUCUGCCACUAUGCCGAAGCAUUACAGACCUGCUGGAAAGAAGAAAGAAGGAAACGCUGCUAGAUACAUCACCAGGUCACAAGCUCUCAAGCACCUCCAAGUCAAUACAAAACUUUUCAGGAGAUUAUGCAUUUACAAAGGAGUAUUUCCCCGAGAGCCAAAGAAGAAGUUCAGAGGAAAUCAUCACACUUAUUAUCACUUGAAGGAUAUUUCAUUCAUUCGACAUGACCCAAUACUUGAGGACCUGAGAGCAAAGAGUGCAUAUGCAAAGAAGGUAACUAAAGCCAAGGCAAAGAAGAAUAAGGAACUUGCCAAUAUUCUGAUAAAGCGCCAACCUCAAAUCAAACUGGACAGACUUGUUCUAGAGAGGUACCCUCAUUUUGUUAAUGCUCUCAGAGAUUUGGAUGACCCUCUCGCGCUGGUGCACCUUUUUGCUUCUUUACCUGCCUCUGACAGGAUGAAGAUUGAAGUAAAGCGUGUCCACAAUUGUCGAAAGUUGAGUCAUGAAUGGCAAGCUUACAUUUCUCGGACUCAUAAAUUGCGAAAGGUUUUUGUAUCUGUGAAAGGGAUAUAUUACCAGGCUGAGGUUGAGGGUCAAAAGAUUACAUGGCUAGCACCUCAUGGGCUGCAGCAAGUUUUGCCUGAUGAUGAUGUUGUCUAUGAUGUCUUGCUCAACUUCUUGGAAUUCUACGAGACACUCCUUGCCUUUGUCAAUUUUAAACUUUAUCAUUCCAUAAAUGUUAAAUAUCCACCCAUUCUUGAUCCUCGAUUGGAAGCUUCAGCAGCAGAACUUUAUGCAUUGUCAAGAUACUUUGAUACUAACUAUAGAACUCCUGAGCAAAUUGAUGGAACUGAACGAGAUGAAUCUGAACUCAGACUUGCCCAACUUCAGCAUCAACUUCCUUCCAAUGAACCUGGUGCAUUGAUGCAACUUGUUAAAGGUGCUGCUGAUGAAAAUGAAGAGGAUGAAGAUACAAAGGAGUGUAAGAAACUCUUUAAGAAUAUGAAAUUCUUCUUGAGUCGCGAGGUUCCCAGGGAGUCGUUGCUUUUUGUCAUCCCUGCUUUUGGUGGUGUUGUAUCUUGGGAGGGAGAGGGGGCUCCUUUUGAGGAAGCAGACCAGAGUAUUACUCAUCAGAUUGUUGAUAGACCAACUCAGGGUCAUAUAUACCUUUCAAGAGAAUAUGUUCAGCCACAGUGGGUUUAUGAUUGCAUAAAUGCACGGAUUAUAUUGCCAACUGAAGCUUAUAUGGUGGGAAGGGUUCCUCCCCCACACCUGUCACCUUUUGUUGAUAAUGAAGAAGAAGGUUAUGUACCUGACUAUGCAGAAACCAUUAAACGGCUGCAGGCUGCUGCUAAGAACGAAAUUCUUCCAAUGCCAGGCUUGGGAAAAGAAGAUCUGGAAGAUCCUCAAAAUUUGCUGGCUGAAGGUUAUCUCAGUCGAGCAGAGGCUAUUGAAGCUGCUGAGAGAAAGCGGACAAUGAUGGCACUUGAGAAACAGUAUCAUGAUGAAUUAAAGAUGGAACUUCAGGGUAACCAGUAUUCUUCAUCUGCCGUGGAUAAGAAUAAGCAGAUCUCUGGUGAGGGUAGCAACAAUGAGGAGGCUAGGGAGGAGGAAUCUCUUCCUGAUAUGCAGGAUACUGCCAAGGAUGCAGCAAAUAUGUCGACACUUUUAAUGUCACGUAAAACGAGGGGGCUAUAUGAAGCCAUGAAGAUAGGCAAAGAAAAGAAGAAAGCUGAUGUUUCUCUUCUCAAGGAGCGAAAGAAAAGGAUUCAAAAAAUUCAAACUCAGAAUACUAAGAAGAAUUAACGAGCCGUCCCAUAAUCUUCCGUGGCCUGAAGUUAC